AGCACGGAUAGACUCCGGGGUUCAGAGGAGCAGAGGAGCAGAAACUCUCACACUAAAACACGGAUUUUCUCUCCGCGCUGACUACAGGAGGAGGACGCAGCGAACUGAAAGGAGGACGGUUUUACUCACGGACCAGACGCGCCUUUACGCACGGACACAGGUGGAUGCUGGGGAACCGGACCGUUUUCGGAGAUGUUACCCCUGGCCGAGUUCGGGGCUCUGUCGGCCCUGGCAGCUGCGCUCACCUCCAUGCUGUCCGCGCUGCUGCUGCUGGCUCUGACUCGGCAGCUGUGGAGCCUCCGCUGGACUCUGACCCGGGACAAGGAGAGCAGUCUGCCGCUGCCGAAAGGCUCCAUGGGAUGGCCUCUGGUCGGGGAGACUUUCCACUGGCUGUUCCAGGGAUCCAACUUCCACAUCUCGCGCAGAGAGCGACAUGGAAAUGUGUUUAAGACCCACCUCCUGGGGAAACCCGUGGUCCGAGUGACGGGAGCGGAAAACAUCCGGAAGAUCCUGCUGGGCGAACACAGCCUGGUCUGCACCCAGUGGCCACAGAGCACCCGCAUCAUCCUGGGGCCCAACACCCUGGUCAACUCCAUCGGAGACCUGCACAAGAGGAAGAGAAAGAUCCUGGCUAAGGUGUUUAGCCGCGGGGCUCUGGAGUCCUACCUGCCUCGGCUGCAGGAAGUCGUCAAGACUGAAAUCGCCAAGUGGUGCUCGGAGCCGGGAGCCGUCGACGUCUACAGCGCCGCCAAAUCGCUGACGUUCCGCAUCGCCGUGCGGGUCCUGCUGGGUCUGCAGAUGGAGGAGGAGCGGAUCGUCUACCUGGCGCAGAUCUUCGAGCAGCUGAUGAACAACCUCUUCUCGCUGCCUAUCGACGCUCCGCUCAGCGGGCUGCGCAAGGGCAUAAAAGCCAGAGAGAUCUUACACGCCAACAUGGAGAAAAUCAUCGAGGAGAAGUUGGAGCGGCUACAGGCAGAGGAGGAAUAUCACGACGCCUUCGACUACAUGCUGGCCAGCGCUAAGGAGCUCGGCCAGCAGAUCAACAUCCAGGAGCUCAAGGAAACCGCAGUAGAGUUGAUCUUCGCCGCUCACUCCACCACAGCCAGCGCCUCCACAUCUUUAGUCCUGCAGCUCCUUCGCCACCCGGUGGUUGUAGAAAGGGCCCGAGUGGAGCUGGAGGCUGAGGGCCUUGGCUACGAUAACUACAGUCCACCGGGGGUCAGGAUGGAGAAAGAAGAUGACGCUACAGAAACCACCGGCCUGCUGAACAUCCAGAACAACAGGGAUGGUUUUCCUCAGACUCAGUCUCACAUCCCCUUCCUGAGCCUGGAUAAGCUGAGUCAGCUUCGAUACGUGGACUGUGUCGUCAAAGAGGUUCUGCGCUUCCUGCCGCCGGUCUCCGGAGGAUACCGCACCGCCCUGCAGACGUUCGAAUUAGACGGCUACCAGAUCCCGAAGGGCUGGAGUGUAAUGUACAGCAUCCGGGACACCCACGAGACGGCAGCGGUCUUCCAGAGCCCCGAAAUGUUUGACCCGGAUCGGUUCGGUCCGGACCGCGAGGAGAGUAAAUGUGCUCGGUUCAGCUACGUACCGUUCGGCGGCGGCGUUCGGAGCUGCGUCGGGAAAGAGCUGGCGCAGGUCAUCCUAAAGACUCUGGCUGUGGAGUUGAUCGGGACGUGCAAAUGGACUCUUGCCACGGAGAACUUCCCCAAGAUGCAGACAGUGCCGAUCGUACAUCCGGUGAACGGGCUGCACGUGAAUUUCACUUACAACCACCCACUUUAGAUCACUCCCCCUCCCAAAGACGAAAUGUACUGUCCUCUGGACUCUUCCAAGGAGGUACGAGCACCUCGCCUGGCUGUGAUGGUGCAGUUCAGAACCCCUUCUGCUACCACGGACAUGAAGGAGGGGUUCGUGUGGACAUCCCUCAGGGGUUUGGUCCAAACCUCAAACAAACACUUCCUGUUGUAGCACAAGUUUGUUUCCAACCACCCAAUGUUUUCCAGAGCUUCCCAGCUUUCACCACACAUCUUUAAGUUAUUCAUUUCCUAGCAUUUAUCUUCUUUGAGGAAAUACCCGCUGAAUGGACAGCAAGCACACUUGAGUUUCUUUUCAGAGCUGAAACAAAAAAUCCAAAGUGUUUGGGCUCAAUAGGUCAUCUGGAAAGGCAAGGUUUGACUGUCAGACAGUGUUUCCACAAGCAGUUUACAGAUGUUAGAAUCCACUCAGGGUUUGACACGUUGUUAACCUCUUGGUAAAUUCAGCAUCCUAUCAGGGCCCAUGUCCUCAAGGCGCCUUAAUGAUUCCAAUAAGAACUGAGCGCAUGCCGUUCUACAGAACAAUACAUUUACAGAAACGCUGGUAGCAGGGGCCAGAAAGAGCUGCUAUGUGGACACGGGGCCUUAGGACAUAUCGAAACGCUUCAUGUGCUUGCUGUGCUGAAUCAGACGGUGUUCCCAAAAACUCACAAACAUGCAGCCAGUAAAAGCCUUCAAGUCCAGGGACAGAAAUGGGGACUCCACCUCCAAUGACUCUGCAGAAUCAAAAGGAUUUAGAGACUUUAAAACCAGUCAUGUUCUUUAGUCUUUCAGUGGAUUCUUUUUAUACAUCUCAUAACCUGAAUUGCCUUUGAACAAGGCACUGGAUGCCUGCCAGCUCAAUGGACUUUCAUAAUUCAAUCUCAGAACACGUUUGGAAUAUACAGUAUUUCCAGACCCUCGCCGGACACCGGACUCUAACUUAAAACACUUGGACACAUGCAGCCACCCAAACAUUCAAGCUGUUCUGUUUUCUGAACAUGAAUGAAUAUAUCAUCAACAGUGCUAUUAUGUGUGUAUCAAAUGAAGUAGCAUUCUGAAUAAGCUGUAUUUAAAAUGCAGAUGUAUCACGUAUGUUGUACUUGUACUCUGUAACGAUACUUGCUGUAAUUAUGAAUAGAUAGAGACACUAACCUGUAAUGUCCUGACUUUGUCUCACUGCUAUAUUUCAUUGUGUAGAGAAGCAUAUAUAGAGAGUAAAGCUAUUAUUAUUUGUAUUAUUAUUGUUAUUGGUCUACAUUUAGGACUGUUUCUGUCUUGAAGCCUAAUAGACGCGCUGUGAAAUCUUACGGUACGGAUGGAUCUGUGGAAGGAGAUAGCACUUUCUCCGCUUUAAGGAGUCUGUAUAUACGUGUCCUGUUUGAGUGUAUGUGAUGUAGCUGCUGUACAGUCCGUGUAAAGAG